AUGUCACGAAAACGACCACAAGUAGCUCCUUCCGCUUUUGAAAUACGCUUCAGUACAACGGAUUCUCAGGGGUUAGAGGUUUUUGAGAUACAACCCGACCUUAAUCCGCAAGAACGUGUACCAGACCCAUUUAAAAAACGAGAUAAGAUCCCAAGAAGUUCUGUUAUUAUCAAUUCGGAACAAUCUAGCCCAGAUUCUCCCAUUAUAAUGAUCAGGCCAAAAUCAAAACAUUAUUUAGGUACCGACAAUAAUUUAAAUAACGGUCCUUUGAAAAAGGGAAUGUCAUCAAUUUCCAAUGGAAUUGAUCAGGCUUCUUCUAUUAAAUCUAAAUCUUGGAAUGCUGUAGGACCGGAGGAUAAAUCACAACAACGCACUAAUAAAAACUUGAAUGGUGACAGAUUUCACCUCCAUGGCAAUGUUAAUAAUGAGAUGGGCAUGAAUGCUAGUUCAUGGUUGGAAAUAAAAAUGUUGGAAGAUGAUUCGAUUAUACGGAAUGCUCCAUCAACCCAGAAGAAACGACCAUUUAGAGAAACCCCUAUCACGAACUUGAAUGGAAAGACCGGUGUAGUCAAUUCCAAAAAUAAGAAAAAAUCACAAAAAAACACUCCUAAGACUAAAAAAAUCAAUAUGCCAACAAACAACUAUAAGGAUGAAGAAAUAAAAUCUGUACCCAAAGAUGGUAUCGCAACUCCUCCCGAUACACCUCCGCAAUCCCCUCCAAUAUCUCCAAAUACUCCACUUUCGCAUUUAGACGAUGGUUUGAUAACUCCACGCAAGUUAGAAGAACCACCUAUAACACCACCUCUCUCAUCUGGUUCAUCAACGUUUAACGUAGAUGUUCGGUCUGCUCAGCCACUUUUAAAGAAGUUAAAAAAGGAAUCUCCGAUAGACUCUUUGGAUCAACCAAAGAAAGUUAUAAUUCCUCACGAUGAUGUCAUUGUACCAACUGUUGCGAAGAAACUCAAAAUGAAUGGACAAUUGCAUUUUGCAAAUCAUGAUGCAUUACUUGAUUGUAGAGAGGAUUCAGAAAGUAUAUCUCCAACGAUAGCGCCAGAAAAUGGCUAUGUGGACAUCACAGAUCAGAUGGUUGAUUUAAUCGUUAAUUCUCAAAAAAAAACAGAAAAUGGUUAUGUGGACAUCACAGAUCAGGUCGAAGAUUUAUUUGAUAAUCCUCAAAAAAAGUCACACAAAAGACAGCCAUCACUUCCUGAUUCACAACGUCGUCGUCCACGGUCCACACGAAAAAAUUCUUCUGCAGGACAUUCACGUAAUUCAAGUACGGCUCAUUACAUCGCUCCUCGCAAACAAAAUCAUCAACAACCGGCUCAAAUUACUAGCAAAGAACCUCCAAGUCCUACGAUUACACAGUUUGAGGAUUCUUCAAAUCCCUCUUUCCACAAUGAUGAUGUUAAACGAGAAAGAAAAUCCCGACGUGAGGAAUACAUAAUGUCGGUUCCUUCCACAGCUCCAACAACAACAGAAGUCGAAAGUCAUCAAGAAGAAUAUACCGAAAAUAAAGUUGAAGAGAUCCUUAUCCCCGCACCCGUACAGAUGCCUGCCGUUGAGUAUAACCCGUAUCCCGUGUAUCCUGUGCAAGUCGAUUCAGUUCCCAAAAAUAUAUCCGAAAAGCCAGAUGCCGUUGCAUGA